AUGGCCCCGCUCCCCGAUAACAUCAGUUCCAUCCCCGAGGAUCCUCUGGAAUGGUACUCCCCAGUGCUGAACAAGCUGUACUGCCGCCUGGCCAAGCCGUGCCCGGUGCAGGUCAGGGUGGGGGUCCCGCCGCCCCCCGGGGCUCUGCUCCGAGCCGUCGCCGUCUACAAGAAAUCCGAGCACGUGGCCGAGGUGGUGAGGAGGUGUCCCCACCACGAGCGCUGCGGGGGAGGAGGCAACGCCCCCGCCCAGCACCUGAUCCGGGUGGAGGGGAACCCCCAGGCUCGGUACCAGGACGACGAAACCACCAAGAGACACAGCGUGGCCGUGCCCUACGCGCCCCCCGAGGUGGGCUCCGAGUGCACCACGGUUCUCUACAACUUCAUGUGCAACAGCUCCUGCAUGGGGGGCAUGAACCGCCGGCCCAUCCUCACCAUCCUCACCCUCGAGGGGCCGGGGGGACAGACGCUGGGCCGUCGCUGUUUCGAGGUUCGUGUCUGCGCCUGCCCCGGCCGCGAUCGGCGCCUGGAGGAGGAGAACCAGCGCAAAAGGGGCGGGGCCAAGCGAGCCCUGCCCCCCCCGGCUGAAGCCCCCGAGAGCUCCAAGAAAAGGGUCCUGGACCCCGACCCCGAGAUCUUCACCCUGCAGGUGGGACUGGGGGGCUUGGGGGGGCUGGGGGAGCCAGUUCGGGGUCCCCAGGGGGAGAUUCGGGGUCACCAAGCCACGCCCACUUUAAUCAGCCCGCCCUUCCCUUAA